CGGCGUGGCAGGCCGCCAUUCCUAUGUGCUCACUGAACACUUCACAGGGCCGUGGCAUUGUCGUCGUGGCCUACGGGGUCAUCCUGAUCGCCUCGUUGCUGUCUGGACUGUUGUCGGUGGGACUGGUUUCCCUCCCUACGCCAACAUGACCGACGGUGCCCCCCGCCGCAGGAAGAAGUCCAAGGCGUUCGGCAGGUUGAGCGAAGGAUCCAGAGAUGUGUCCGCCGUCUCCUCCAAGAACGCUGCCACACCAGCAGCAGUGGCGCCCAUCGACCUCGCCAUCCAGCAGCCCAGCGAUGUCAGCAAGUGCGUUUUUGCGAACGCUGCUGCCGCCGCUUCUGCAGUACCGCCUAGCUCGACGGCAUCGAGAAACGGCGACGGGAGCAGAUGUACUCCUCCAACCAACGUCUCCAAAAAAAAUGAUACCAACAUGCAGCUACAUGUUGGUGCCCUUUUCGACCUGCAGAGCCAGGUGCAAGAAGUACGACGGGAGCUCGCUAUCCUUCAGCGUGCUCCACCACCACCCAUGCCUCCGGAUCGUUUGCUCAAGCGCGACAUCGGCAUCCUGAUCCUCGAGGUCAACGCACAUGAGCUCAUGCAGCGGGCGUUUGCCUCGCAAUCGCUGGAAGCAUGGCUUCGGGCACAACCUGCGGCGUUCCACGGGAGCGACGAGGGCUCGGCCGCACAGCGGCUCUCCGUGCAGCGAAGCCUUGGCCACGGCGAGCCAAUCGCCUUGCCUGGCUUCGCACUCUGGGCGGCGUCCUCGACGAUGCCCCGGCGCUGCAGCGCGACGCCGCGCCGGGAUCGAGGGCGCCGUUUUCUCUUCGGCGGGGUCGUCGCGGAAGAUGGCCGCGACCAGCGCGUGGGACGCCCGUGCUCUUCUGCGGCUGCGUGGCUCGAAGGUGGGUGGGAGGAGAACGGAGAUGACUGCCGGGUCGCCUUUAUCGCGCUGGAGCCACAGAGUUCAGAGGGCGCGUGUGCGCUUGGCCAGGGCGCACUGAGCAGCCGGAUACGGCAGGGCGAGGGCGAAGCGCCUGCGGUUGCGGUGCGUGAGGGUCAGGAGGCCCGCGCGGAGGGCAUCGACGCCGACGAUGCGCGCCGGAAGCGCGAGGACCAGGCCGUGCAGUUGCGGAAGCAGACCCGCGAAGAGGCGCUGCUCAAGAAGCGGAUGGUGAACGAGCUGCCAGCGGGGCAGCUGCCCAUGGUGGCAGGUGGCGAGGUGGCCAUGCAGCCCGCGGCCUCGGGCGUCCCCCUGGAGCAGCUGCCGAUGCUCAUCCAGAUGCUGAUGUCUGAGGAGCCCGUCGCCCAGUUCAACUCGACCCAGCAGUUCCGCAAGCUCCUGAGCAUCGAGCAGAACCCUCCGAUCCAGGAGGUCAUCCAAGCAGGUCCACCUCGCGCGGUGAUCCCCGUGGUCAGCAGUCUGGGCGGAAGCAGCGCAGGGCCCCCCCAGGGCGGGGAGGGCCAGGAGCUGCUCCAGUCCCCCAACGACGACGUGCGCGAGCAGGCCGUGUGGGCCCUGGGCAACAUCGCGGGCGACUCCCCGAACUUCCGCGACCUCGUGCUGCAGAGCGGAGGCCUGAACCCGGUCAUGACGACCCUGCGGGACUCCGAGAAGACGUCCAUGAUGCGGAACGCCACGUGGACGCUGUCGAACCUCUGCCGGGGGAAGCCGCCGCCGCCGUUCGAGUGGGUGUCGCCUGCGCUGGGCACGCUGGCGAACCUCAUCUACUCCACGGACGUCGAGGUGCUCACGGACGCGUGCUGGGCUCUGUCCUACCUCUCCGACGGCCCGAACGACCGGGUGCAGGCGGUGAUCAAGGCGGGGGUGUGCCGGCGGCUCGUGGAGCUGCUGCUGCACACGUCGCCGCUGGUGCAGACGCCCGCGCUGCGGGCUGUGGGUAACAUUGUCACUGGCGACGACCCCCAGACGCAGGUGAUCCUGCAGAGCGGCGCGCUGCCCUCGCUGCUGAAGCUGCUGACGCACGCGAAGAAGGCGAUCCGGAAGGAGAGCUGCUGGACGAUCUCCAACAUCACCGCGGGCAACCGGGAGCAGAUCCAGGAGGUCAUCAACAACGGGCUCAUAGUGCCCGUCAUCGGCCUGUUGCAGACCGGCGAUUUCGACAUCAAGAAGGAGGCCGCUUGGGCGAUCAGUAACGCGACCUCUGGCGGCUCUCCACAGCAGGUUGAGCACCUGGUGGAGUGCGGGUGCAUCAAGCCCAUGGUGGACCUGCUCUCCGUCUCGGAUGCCAAGAUCAUCGGGGUGGCGCUCGAG